AAACGGGAUAGAACAUGGCGUAGCAUGGCAUAGGCCUGUGAACAGCUGCUUUUGGGGCUUCGUCACUGGAUGGGCAAAUGGGAAUGUUGCAAGUGCUUAGAAGACAACAGCGAUUCAGAAGAAGUGUGCCGAUGGUGCGACACUCUGCGAGAGGAAGCGGACCGAGUUUGCAUCGGGACACAAGAGAAGUCACAGUCCAAGGAGUCCAAAGGGCCCAAUGCGUGGAAUGCGUCCAAGCCUCGAGGUCCAGGUGGUCCAGGUGGUCCAGGUGGGCCAGCAAGUGGGCCAGACGCAGCUGCUGAAGCAAUGAAAGCUACAUGGGCUGCACGACGACGGCGUUUGCUGCAGCAGUUGGCAGAGGUGGACUUUUGUGCACCUGAACAACGACGUACAAGGUUGCGGGCGUUGCAGUUGGAACUGCAUCCAGACAAACACCAAGAAGGCCAAAGGAUUGGCACUUGGUUCGUGAAGGCGCAGGUGGCAGCUGCAAAAGAAAUGGAGGAUCUCGAGAGCAGGCUGCAGGGCUCAGCGUCAUCUGCAUCUAGGCAGAGGCUUGGAGAUGCAGCCGCAGCAAUAGAUAAAGAGAGGAUCGAAGUGGCUGAGCUGAAGAAGAAGGAAGCGAUGGAACCGAGGAGGCACUUGGCUGGGUGGCAGCAUUACCGGAAGUGGUGCGAGCUUGUGGAGAACCGCAUGACUGACCGGUCGGUGGCUUGGUUCCAACAGAUGGCAGGAGUGCCCGAGGGCCAUCGAUUGGAGUCCAAUCAAGCAGUGGAUCUCGUGGUCAAGGUCUUGGUCAAGAAGUUGGAGACGAAGGCGCAGCCUAUCAAACGGGCUCCCAGGUGGAUGACCAUGAUGAUUGGCCCCAUGGAGGAGAUGGUCGUGUGGCGUGAGCAACCGAAGGGUCGCCGGAUUGCGGCCUGGAUGAAGCUGGUCAAGAUGUGGGCUGCCCUGAGGUUCAGCGACGCUGCAAACAUGCAGGUGAAGACGCCGAAGUACUACGACGGCAAGAUGACAGCUGAUCUUCAUAAGGCAAAGACCACCGGAGCAGGGAAGAGAGUGCAGGAGCUGCCGGUGUAUGUCGGGGAGGACGCGUAUUUUGUCCAGAAGAAGUGGCUGGAGGUUGGAUUGGACCUCAUCAAAACCACGUGGAGAGAGGCGUCUGGGGCGAGCUGCGACGUUAUCGCCGCCUUGGAGGAUUACGAGGGCAACAAGAUCUUCCCUGAGGGAUAUGAGAGGUUCUGGACUGAGCACUCUGAGAGAUCAACCUUUGCCAAGCUGGUUGGGAAGACUGACCGCGACCUCAUCGGGAGGUGGCUGCCGGAGGGCAGUGACCAGCAUGUGAGGACGUACAAUGCGGCAGCCUUCAAGAACAAGGUGAAAGUGAUCACCGCAAUGGCGGUGAAGGAGUGCGACAAAGAGGAGAAGAAGAAGGAGGGCAAGCGCAAGAUGUCCAGCGCCUGGCGGAGCUCAGCGACAUAA